CGAGGGGCAAAAAGAAGGAUGUGUCCCGCCCAGCCCCGGCUAUUUGGGUCAAUAGCCGGCUACAUAGAAGAAGGCGGUGGUCCACUGUCUGUCAAACUACGUAACCCAAAGAGCCGGUUCUAGGGAGAGAAUAAUGGCGAUGAGGAAGCUGUUGCUGCUGUUGAAACCAUUCGACAUUUACCCAGUUUGGCGAUCCGAAGGUCUUUCUCGCCUCAAAACCCCUCUGGAAUCACAGGUCUUGCGUUAUUUGGAAAAUAGGCUUAAAGUGCACAAGGAUGCCAUAAAAUUUUGCCAGGAUGUUUUGCGGGAUAAGCCUGUUGAGUGGGAACCCAUAUUUCGUAACGAUUUAUCACGUCCCAUCUCUGAUGUGGACCUGAUUGUUACAGUUGGAGGGGAUGGCACUCUUUUGCAGGCCAGCCAUUUCAUCGAUGACUCGAUUCCAGUUAUAGGUGUAAAUUCUGAUCCUACCCAAGUUGAUGAGGUGAAAGAGUUCAGCAAUGAGUUUGAUGCUACUAGAAGCACUGGCUACCUUUGUGCAGCAACCAUCAACAACUUUGAACAGGUGCUAGACAGCAUCAUCGAGGGUCGAAGAGUUCCUUCCCAAUUAUCAAGGAUGUUAAUGCGUCUAAACUCAAAGCAGCUGCCUACAUAUGGUCUGAAUGACAUUUUGAUUGCACAUCCAUGUCCAGCAUCAGUUUCUCGGUUCUCCUUCAAACUUAAAGGGAAUGACCAAUCAUUUUCCCGUAUAGUGCACUGUCGUUCAAGUGGUCUCAGAGUUUCAACAGCUGCUGGAUCAACGGCAGCAAUGCUUUCAGCAGGUGGGUUUCCAAUGCCUAUUCUAUCGCGUGAUCUACAGUACUUGGUGAGAGAGCCCAUUUCAGCAGAAACCUCAAGCUUAUUGCAUGGAUUAGUCAAAUCGGAUCAAUCCAUGGGCUUGACAUGGUUUUGUAAAGAGGGUGUCAUAUACAUCGAUGGUUCCCAUGUUUGCUACUCUGUAAAAAACGGGGAUACUGUUGAAGUAUCUUCCAAGGCCCCAAUUUUGAAGGUCUUUUUGCCGGACCAUUUGUUACAACACACAACUGGAAAAGGAAGCUGAGGUAUCCUAUACUUGCGCUUUAGAUAUCGAAAGUUUGUCCAUACGACUUGAAAUUUUAGCUGUUUUAAUACAGCAUGAGUCAUUUGUUUGUUGUUGGAACGGAUUCAGAAAUGUAGAUUGAGCAUGUCACAAUAUUGAAAAGUUGAGGGUCGUAAAUUAGAAAAGUGACGCCAGGAUUCCUGGAACAUGAAUAUUAUUUAAAAGUGAAUUUAAGAACAGUAGGGACACAUGG